AUGGCGCUCUUCAACACCAAUGCGCCCGUCAAUUACGACGAGCAGGAAGCCGCUUUUGUCGACUUCCUCAAGACAUUCAAAUCUUCCUCCACCGAAGCAGCAGACCAACUCGAGAACCUGAACCUCAAUGGCGACGGCGAGGACGAGUACGACAUGGUCGACGGCGAGGACGACCCUGCGCCAAACGGAACACAGUCGCGGAACAAGUCGAAGCUCAAGUAUAUGGACAUGCUGCAAGACAUUGCAAAUCGCAUGCGCGACGAGAUUCAAAUAGAUCUCAACGACAUCGAGGCCUACGAGAAAGCAACGUCAGACGAAGAGCACAACUUCAAGCUUGUCGAGUCAAUUGAACGCAACGCUCAUCAUUACAUCGAGAUUCUGUCACGGGCAGUGGACAAGUGCUUACCAGCGCCAACAAGAGAGCUCAACUUCAAGGAUGAUGUUUUAGAUGUCAUCAUGACUCAGCGCUCCAAGCGCAACGAGAGAAUGCAGGAGCUUCAAGGCGUCGACGACAGCGCGCAAGCUGCGCCAGAGACCAUUUUCCCCGCAGCCUUGACUCGCCGAUACACGCUCAACUUUAUUCCCAGGAUACCGGCUGGUGCCAGCAGCCAACGAAGUACCAAGGCCCUCGCCGUCCGGAAUGUUCGAGGAGAGCAUCUCGGUCACCUCAUCACAGUCCGCGGCAUCGCCACACGAGUAUCGGAUGUGAAGCCGGCCGUGCUAGUCAAUGCCUACUCCUGUGAUCGUUGUGGGAGUGAAGUCUUUCAGCCAGUGACCACGAAGCAGUUCACUCCCAUGGUCGAGUGCCCUUCGGAAGAGUGCAAGAGCAACAAGACCAAGGGGCAGCUUUUUCUCUCUACUCGCGCUUCCAAGUUUCUUCCUUUCCAGGAGGUCAAAAUUCAAGAAAUGGCCGAUCAGGUGCCGGUGGGUCAUAUUCCUAGACAGUUGACCAUCCACUGCCAUGGUGCCUUGGUCCGCCAGAUUAACCCGGGAGAUGUCGUUGACGUCGCAGGCAUCUUCCUGCCCACGCCCUACACCGGCUUCAAAGCAAUACGCGCCGGUCUGCUCACGGACACCUACCUGGAAGCUCAACAUGUUUUCCAGCACAAAAAGGCGUACGACGAUAUCGUUUUAGCGCAGCCGACUCUGAGAAGGAUGAACGAGCUCGAGAGGACUGGCCAGCUCUACGAGUAUCUGUCGCGAUCCAUUGCCCCUGAAAUCUUUGGCCACGUCGACGUCAAGAAGGCACUCCUUCUCCAGCUCAUUGGUGGUGUCACCAAGGAAGUGGGCGAUGGAAUGCGCAUUCGUGGUGAUAUCAACGUCUGUUUGAUGGGUGAUCCUGGUGUGGCCAAAUCGCAAUUGCUCAAGUACAUCACCAAAGUGGCACCACGUGGUGUCUACACAACCGGUCGUGGUAGCAGUGGUGUCGGUCUCACUGCUGCAGUCAUGCGUGACCCAGUUACUGACGAAAUGGUUCUUGAAGGUGGUGCUCUAGUCUUGGCUGACAAUGGUAUGUGCUGCAUUGAUGAAUUUGACAAGAUGGACGACAGCGAUCGGACUGCUAUCCACGAAGUCAUGGAACAGCAGACCAUCUCCAUCAGCAAGGCUGGUAUAACCACGACCCUCAACGCUCGCACAUCGAUUCUCGCCGCAGCCAAUCCUCUCUACGGACGCUACAACCCACGCCUCUCGCCCAUCGAGAACAUCAACCUUCCCGCCGCGCUCUUGUCGCGUUUUGACGUUCUUUUUCUCAUCCUAGAUACCCCUGCUCGCGACUCAGAUGAAGAAUUGGCACGCCAUGUCACCUAUGUGCAUAUGCACAAUGCUCACCCCGAGGGACCGGGAGGCAUCAUCUUCAGCCCGGCCGAAGUGCGACAAUGGGUGGCUCGCGCAAGGUCCUACCGACCCACGGUGCCCAAGGAAGUUUCCGACUACAUGGUUGGUGCCUAUGUACGCAUGCGCCAACAGCAGAAGCGCGACGAUGGAAACAAAAAAGCGUUUACGCACACAUCUCCACGUACACUUCUUGGUGUAUUGCGUCUCGCACAAGCGUUGGCGCGUCUGCGAUUUGCCGAACAGGUCAUUGCAGAAGAUGUGGAUGAGGCAUUGCGUCUCACAGAGGUCAGCAAGGCCAGCUUGUAUGCCGACGAGAAUCGCAGAGACGAUCACACACCAAGCAGUAAGAUCUAUCAUCUCAUCAAGUCGAUGGAGGCCAGCGGUGCUGCUGCUGUUGGGGACGGCACUAGGGGAGAGUUGGAUCUGCGCCGUGUCAGGGAGCGCGUAUUGGCCAAGGGCUUCACUGCAGAUCAGUUUGAACAGGCCAUUGAUGAGUACGCAUUGCUCGAUGUCUGGCAAACGACAGGAGAGGGUACGAGAUUGGUCUUCAUCGAAGCUGGCGACGAUCAGGAUAUGGACGACGAAUAUGCUUACUAA